GGUGUGGUCUAUGGUGCUGUGCUUCCGGGCCAAACAUGGCUGAUUCCGAACUUGCUGGCUCCAGGCUUUUAGUGUAUGUGAAGCUGUAUUUAAUAUUAAUUUGAAAAUAAAAUCCUGCCAGAUAUACGGAAAGACGACGGCUGAAGUUGAAAAGCCCGCAUCAUUUGUCAUUGGUCGGAGUCAUUCCUUCUUGGACAGACCCAACCGUUAUGGCUACCACGGCACAGCUUUUCGAGGAGCCCUUUGAUGCAGAUGAAUAUAUCGAAAGACUUGCUUGGAGGACUCCAGGAGGAGGCUCUAAAGGAGGUGCGGAGGCAUUUGACCCAAAAAGGCUACUUGAAGAAUUUAAAAACCAUAUAGAAGAGCUAAAGUUUCUGGAUGAGAGAAUUCAGAGGAGAGUAGAAAAGCUAGAACAGCAGUGCCAAAAAGAAGCGAAGGAGUUUGCCCGAAAAGUACAGGAUUUACAAAAAAGCAACCAGGUGGCUUUUCAGCAUUUUCAAGAGCUUGAUGAUCACAUAAGUUAUGUGGCUACAAAGGUGUGCCACCUAGGGGACCAGCUAGAGGGAGUGAACACGCCAAGACAGCGGGCUGUGGAAGCUCAGCGGCUCAUGACAUAUUUCAAUGAGUUCUUGGAUGGUGAGCUACGCAGUGAUGUUUUUAACAACCCAGACAAGAUCAAGGAAGCAGCAGAUAUAAUCCAGAAGCUGCAUCUGAUUGCACAGGAGUUACCCUUUGACAGGUUUGCAGAUGUAAAGGCAAAAAUUGCAAGUAAAUACCAUGACCUGGAACGGCAGUUGAUUCAAGAAUUCACCGCUGCUCAGCGUCGUGGUGAAAUUGCUCGCAUGCGAGAGGUGGCAGCAGUUUUGCUACACUUCAAGGGUUAUGCUCACUGUGUGGAUGUGUACAUAAAACAGUGCCAAGAGGGUGCAUAUUUCCAUGAUGACAUUUUUGAAGACACUGCUUUGUUGUGUCAGCGUGUCAACAAGCAGGUUGGAGAAGUUUUCUCCAGUCCAGAAACCAUAAUGGCCAAACUUAUCCAAAACAUUUUUGAAAAUAAAUUGCAGAAUUUUGUAAGAGACAAGCUGGAAGAAAGUCGUAAAACCGAUGCUGAACAGUACCUUAAAGAUCUCUAUGACUUAUAUACAAGGAUGACUGCUCUGGCAAGUAAACUGACAGAAUUUAACCUGGGCACAGACAAACAAACCUUCUUAUCAAAACUGAUUAAGAACAUCUUUUCCUCUUACUUGGAAAACUACAUUGACACAGAGCGAGAGUACCUAAAGAGCCGCAGUACAAUGAUUCUACAACGAUACUAUGAAUCAAAGCAUCAUCAAAAACGUACUUUGGGAGCUGGAGGUAUUCAGGAUCUAAAGGAACGCAUUCGACAGCGCACCAACUUGCCAUUGGGCCCUAGCAUUGAUACUCAUGGGGAAACCUUUCUGUCUCAAGAAGUGGUUGUGAACCUGCUUCAAGAGACCAAACAUGCCUUUGAACGCUGCCAUCGGUUGUCUGACCCUCCUGACCUCCCAAAGAAUGCCUUCUCCAUCUUUCUUUUGCUGGUAGACUACCUAUGUGUUGAUCACAUUGACUAUGCCCUGGAAAUUGGAUUGGCAGCUAUUCCCUCCGCUGACUCUAAGAAUGCAAACCUGUACUUCCUGGAUGUAGUACAACAAGCUAACACUAUCUUCCAUCUUUUUGAUAAGCAGUUUAAUGAUCAUCUCAUGCCGUUGAUCAGCUCUUCUCCAAAACUCACAGAGUGUUUGCACAAGAAAAAGGAGGUCAUUGAGCAGAUGGAAGUCAAGUUGGACACAGGAAUUGACAGGACAUUGAACUGCAUGGUAGGACAGAUGAAGCAUAUACUUGCUACUGAGCAGAAAAAGACUGACUUCAAACCAGAGGACGAGAAUAAUGUAAUGAUCCAGUAUACUAAUGCCUGUGCCAAGGUAUGCGCCUAUGUAAACAAACAGGUGGAGCGGGUCCGUAAUUCAAUGGAUGGGAAGAAUAUAGACACAGUGCUCACUGAACUUGGAGUGCGCUUCCACCGACUGAUCCAUGAACACCUCCAGCAGUUUACAUACAGCUCCAUGGGUGGCAUGCUGGCCAUUUGUGAUGUUGCAGAAUAUCGCCGUUGUGCCAAGGAGUUUAAGGUGCCACUAGUGUUGCAGCUGUUUGACACCCUCCAUGCGUUGUGUAAUCUCCUAGUUGUUGCCCCUGACAACUUGAAACAGGUCUGUUCUGGAGACCAGCUCACCAAUUUGGAUCGAAACUUACUCCAUGGCUUUGUGCAGCUGAGGGCAGACUACAGAUCGGCAAGACUGGGCAGGCACUUCAGCUAACAAAACAGACAGCAACUGCUAAAUAUUGGCAAUUAUUGUGAUCAGCGCAUUAACUGGAUAUCUACACUAUUAGCCUUCCAAAGGUGUGGAGUUGACUCCUUACUUUUAGGUGUCUUUCAGCUGUUAAGAUGUCCAGCCAGUAAAGAGUGAAACUUGGCAAAACACUAAGUGGCUUUCAGCUUAUGCCUGGAUGAGACAGUUCAGCACAAUUCCAGCUUUGCAGUAUACAUUAAAAGUAAACAGACUAUUUGUUAUCCAAAACACUUAGCCAAUCAUUUGUAAGUAUGUUUUUGAAGAUUUGUCUCCUUUCAUAUCCCAAUUUAAAUCUACUUUCUAAAUUCUUAACAAAUGAGUAUGAGUUUUUUUUUGUCUUUUUGUUCUUUGUUUAUUAACAUAGCCUGGCUUAUGAAAAUAUUUGAUUCAGAGAUAGUUUUCUGAUAUUUAACCUAAUUUUUCACAAAGCUCAUAGUAAAUGUGGCUUUUUUUGUGUAACACAGGAGCCCUGCUUCCACCUCAAUGCCAAACCUGCAAAGUUAAAUGGCACAUUUAACAUUGGUUUAGAUAACUUAUUGUCAAUUAAUUUAGGGAAAAAACUCUUACUUUUCAGAAUAAGCCAGUGAACUGUUUAUGAGCGCAUGUUCUUCUGUUUAACAGGAGAGUUUUCACAUUUUAGUCCUGUGAGGCUUACCGAGCAGUCAGUUGGGAUUGACCAUCCAGUGGACGAAGCAUGUCUAACCCUCAGCCUUUUAAGACUUAAGAUGCUUAGUUGUGUAAACCUCUUUGCUGGGCAAAGGACAAAGAAAUGCCGAGAGUGUUUCUGCAUGAAUUUCAAAUGGAAAGGAUUUGGUGAGCUGCAGAUUGUUGUAAUUGAAGCACUGUUCAGUAAGCUGUACCAUAUAACAAAAUGUGAUGGCACAACAUAAAAUGUACUGUAUGUGCUCAAGCUGGCAUAUAGUAAAUGUUUUCAUAGAGGCAAGAGAGUGGUGAUGUCAAACAUGUUGAAUCAUCUGCUGUUCUAUCAGUUUGUACUCUCCAUAUUCCAGAGUUGUGGGUGGACAAUAAUACAGACAUCAACUCCCAAAUAAACAAAAUAUUUUGUAAAAAUCUA